GGGAGCAACCGCGUGCUGGCCCACAGCAGUCUCUUGCAAUUUGCAUUCUGUUUGCGAGCGCUUGAAUAGCUGACAUUACGGUUUCAGCAGCCCUUUCUAUCUCAUACAUGAAAUAUAAAUAACAAUAGUAAACUUGUCACAAGCGCCUCUUGCUGCUUGCGUGCCUCGGCGGCGUGUCGGUCGUUGCGACGCUCGCGGCGGACCUCGACGGGGCCGGUGCUAAACAACGAUGGGCGACAACGCCACAAAGCACUCCCUGCGCGCGGCGGCGGGGCAUGCCAAAGCUUUUCGCAGCGAGGUGGUGCGCCCGGACACGCUCAUCGCCAGCCCCGAUGGCAAGACGCUCGUCCUCGGCCGCAAGCCGGAUGCCGACGUCUCGGCACCACGCUUCCAUAAGUUCAACCCCGGCCGGCGCGGCGCAGGCGCUGCCAAGUUCGCAAAGGCCGCGGCCGCUGCCGCCGCCGCGCGGCGGCGCGGCCCUGAGUCGCUUCCGGGUCGCAUCCCGUUUGCCCACAUGAUCCUCACCGCCGUUAUUGUCCACCGCGUGUGGACCUUCCUGUCGCGUCGCCUGCUGCGCAAGCCGGACGCCAAGGCGGCGGCAGGCAGCAAACAGCUGGCGCGGCGGCGCGGCGAGGAAGGUGCAGAUGGCGAGGAGGAGGACGAGGAGGACGAGGAGGAGGAGCUGGACGAGCGGGCGGAAGAGCUGCUGUCGCAGAUGCAGAGCGCGAGCAUGCUCCCCACCAUGCUGCGCUCCUCGCUGCCGCGGCCGAAGCGCACCAACGCCGCCCGCCGCGCGGCGCAGCAGCACCACUCGCGGCCGCGCAGCUACCGCACCGCGCACCAGAUGAUGCACCCAGGCGGCGCCGCAGGCGCCGGCGGGCCGGCCAAGCCGGGCGCUGCCGGCGCCGGUGCCGCUGGUGAGGGUGCGGGCGGCCGGCGCGCGGCGGCUCAGCGGCCGCUGGGCAAGUUGGAAAAGAUGGAUCUGCUAGUGCGGCAGCAGGUCCGCGCCGCCAUGAUGGCUCAGGCGCAGCAGCACCACCACCAGCUGCUGCAGCAGCAGCAGGGGCUACUGGGCCCGGGCCCCAGCCCGAGCGGGGGACCGCAUCCCGCCCUGCCCGCUGCUCCCACCUCCGCCGCUGCGGGCGCUGCCGGCCCCUCCGCCUCCGGUGGCGCCGCCGCAGCCGCUGGCCCCAGCGGCGCCUCCGGGCCGCUGGCGCUGGCGCCGCGGCGGUUGCCGCCGGGCGCCAUCCCGCCGCCGCCGCCACUGGCUCCGCCCGCGUUCCGGCCGCUGCCGCCGGACCUCAUGGCACGACUGGCAGGCAUGCCCAGGCCGGCCGCCGCGGCGACGGCGCCGUCCGCGCGGCGGGCGGCUGCGGCGGCGCAGGUGCCGGAGCAGCUACAGGCACAGCAGCAGGCAGGAGUCGCAGGGCCCGCGUCUGCGGCUUCUGGCGCGGGCUUGGCGGCAGCGGGGCCGUCAACAAGCGGCGCGUCCGCCGCGGCGUCCGGUGGCGGCGGAAGUCCGGUGUCGGUUGCGGCGGGUGAUGGGCGGCAGCAAGAGGCGGCGCCUGUGGAGGGUUCGGGGGCGGCCGGGGACGGCGCGGCAGCGGCAGUAGCGGUGCCAGCGGUGACACGGGUCGGGCGAGCCGCCGUGAAGCGCCGGUGAGGGUUUGGUGGCGAGGUGUUUAGGUUAGGACAUCGGAAGGAGGUGCUUUAAUGUUCUUCUUCCAGCAUCGUUGUUGCCAAGUUGCCGGCAACAUCGACAGGCUGCUCACCAAAUGGCUGGAGAUUGGGCCAUUGGGGAGGAUGCUGUGUGGGCCGCCGCAGCAACUGGGGCAGGACCUAUGGAGUUUGGACUUGGCCAGCAGUGACGGGACCCAGACAGACGCCCAGACCGCUAGCCUUCCCUCAAAGUCCAGCUCAGCGGCAUGGAGGUACCUGGUACCGACACAGAUGCAGUCUUGCGUAACGCAGCCACCACUUUUGUGUAAGCUAAGGAGUGC